CACGCUGCUCGUCUCCGUCUAUAAACUCUGCCGGCUCUUCACCAUGUCGGGGGCGGAAAGGCUGGUGGUGCCGGAGUGCGUGAGCCAGCCGGGCUGGUGGGCAGGCGGAGGGAGCACAAGGGAGCACCGCGAGGUCUCUCCCGGGGUGAACACGGACGUGCAGGCGGCCUUAGACCGCAUCCUGCCCACCCUGCACCAGGCCCUCGCCUCUGCCAAGCAGGCGGCCGCUCCGGCCAAGCUCAGGGAGGCCAUUGCAGAGAUCUUCCAGCUCGUGGAGGAAGCCUGGGGGAUGCCCACGCUGGGAAGGGAUGUGGCCAAAGUGCUGUGCGAUGCGAUCCGCCUGGAGGGCGGCCUGGACCUGCUGCUGACACUGCUCUAUCCUGUGAACAUUCUCACUACUUGCACAGCCAUCUGUCCCUCACCUGCCUGUGUUUCUCCUUCCUCCAGGGACCGGAUUGCUCGGAUCGGUCUGGGAGUGAUCCUGAAUUUAGCCAAGGAGCGAGACAUUCCCCAGCUGGUGCAGAGCGUCUCUGGCAUCCUGGAACACAUGUUCAAACACACUGAGGAGACCUGUUUCCAGCUCAUCUCUGACGGAGGCCUGGAUGCCAUCCUCUACUGGUGCCGCUGGACAGACCCCGUCGUGCUGCGUCACUGUGCCAUGGCCUUGGCCAACUGUGCCAUGUAUGGCGGGCAGGCCAACCAGCGCCUCAUGAUCGAGAAGAAGACAGCAGAGUGGCUCUUCCCGCUGGCGUUCUCAAGGGAUGAUGAGCUGAUCCGUCUGCACGCGUGUCUGGCCAUCACGGUGCUGGCCACCAACAAAGAAAUCGAGAAGGAGGUGGAGCGGUCGGGGACGCUGGCUCUGGUGGAGCCCUUCAUCGCCUCUCUGGAUCCGGGCCAGUUUGCGUGUGACAUGCUGGACAGCAGUGACAACAGCCAGGGAAGGACAGCCGCUGACCUGCAGCGCCUAGUGCCCUUGCUGGACAGCUCGCGGCUGGAGGCUCAGUGCAUCGCUGCCUUCUACCUCUGCACAGAGGCUGCCAUCAAAACCAGGCAGAAGAAAACAAAGAUUUUCAGCGAGAUUGGGGCUACGCAGAGCCUGAAGAGGAUCGUGUGCUACUCCACCAGCGGCACCACCUCCUCCCUGGCCAAAAAGGUGCUGCGCACGAUAGGGGAGGAGGUGCCUCGGCGCAUCUUGCCCACUGUUCCCAACUGGAAAACCUUUGAGGUGCAAACGUGGCUGCAGCAGAUUGGAUUCAACAAGUACUGCCAGAGCUUCCUGGACCACCAGGUGGACGGGGACAUACUCCUGCGACUGACGGAGAAGGAGCUGCAGGAGGAUUUGGGGAUGGACUCCAGCAUCACUCGGAAGAGGUUUUUCCGGGAGCUGACGGAACUUAAGACCUUCGCCAACUACUCCACCUGCGACCACAGCAACCUGGCUGACUGGCUGGGGAGCAGCCACAUCGACCCGGGUUCCCCCCGCGUCCGCAUCCUCUCUGCUGCCAGGGAAAUGCUUCACUCCCCUAUAACGCUGCAAGUUUCAGCCAGUGGGACUGAUGUAUUUAUCAGCUACCGGAGGAGCACCGGCUCCCAACUAGCCAGCCUGCUGAAGGUCCACCUGCAGCUGCACGGCUUCAGCGUCUUCAUCGAUGUGGAGAAGCUGGAGGCAGGGAAGUUCGAGGACAAACUGAUCCAAAGCGUUCUGAGCGCCCGGAAUUUUGUGCUGGUCCUCUCGCCAAACGCACUGGAUAAAUGCAUGGGAGACCCUGAAUGCAAGGACUGGGUGCACAAGGAGAUCGUGACAGCCCUUAACGCCGGGAAGAACAUCGUGCCAGUCACAGACCAUUUCGAGUGGCCUGAUCCACUGACACUUCCUGAAGACAUGAGAGCUGUCCUAAAAUUCAACGGCAUCAAAUGGUCCCAUGAGUACCAGGAGGCCACAAUUGACAAAAUCAUCCGCUUUCUCCAGGGCCGUUCCUCCAGGGACUCGUCCGCUGGGUCAGAGAAUGGCCUGGACUGCUUGCCCUCCCAGGGGCAGGCCUAGAAACAACACAGCUGCCUCGCUCCCUCCAGAGAUCUUCCACAUGACCCCUUUUCUGGUGGGGCCAAAUCUCUCCCUGUGAC